GGUCCCGUCACAGAUCACAGAGAGAGUCAAUUCAGCUUUUGAGUCGAGAAAGUAAUGAGUCACUCAUCAGUCUCAACAAAGACGCCAAUCAAUACUGUGGAGUUCAAAAAGUUUUCCUGAAGACGUUUCUUCUUGGCUUUAAUUGUUGGACAUGCCACCUCAAAUGGAUUACUUUUACCACGAGUCAAGAGUUCCGUCGGUGUGCUUGGAGCAGGACGACGCGCUGGAACCUGCGAUCAGCUGUAUGAUGGUUGGGGAUGGCGCGGUUGGGAAGACUAGUAUGAUUGUCAGCUACACCACCAAUGGAUACCCCACGGAUUACAAACAGACGGCUUUUGACGUCUUCUCCGGACAGGUUCAGGUAGAUGGGACCCCUGUGCGGAUUCAGUUGAUGGAUACGGCUGGUCAGGAAGAAUUUGAUGAAUUCAGAUCUCUGUCUUACGCACACACGGAUGUCUUCCUGCUCUGCUUCAGUGUGGUUAACCCCACAUCAUUCCAGAACAUUACCAAGAAAUGGAUCCCUGAGAUUCGUGCGUGUAACCCAUCCUCCCCCAUCAUUUUAGUUGGAACACAGUCAGACCUUCUGUUGGACGUUAAUGUUCUCAUAGACUUGGACAGAUACAAGGUCCAACCCGUGUUGAGCUCACGGGCACGGAGCAUCGCCGAGAAGAUCAGGGCCGCCGAGUAUGUGGAGUGUUCGGCCCUGACCCAGAAGAACCUAAAAGAGGCCUUCGACGCGGCGAUAUUCGCGGCUAUUAAACACAAGGCCAGGAAAGUCAAAAAACGGAGACUGUCGGACAGACGAGCUAAAGCCUUUUCCAAAUGCAGCUGGAAGAAGUUCUUCUGCUUCGUCUGACCUCGUGGGUCACGUUGUGUGAACUGUUUAGUAUACGAGACUGUAUACGAGAUAUUAAUUUAUUUUGAACGAUGUGUUUACCUAGGGCCAUUUAGCUUUAUUUUAUGGGUGGAGUUGUUUGAUCUGUGGGACUUCCCAGGAAAUGUUACAGUGACAUUUGAGAGGUGUUGCGUUGCUCAACACAACGCAAUUGUUUUAAUCGUUUAACCUGUUUAAGUAACACAUGCUGUAAGAUUUAUAGACCCAUUAUGAAGAAAGAUUAGAGAAAACUUCUCUUUAUUGUUCACAAAGAGCACCCACCAUAUGUAAAUGAAUGAAUUUGCAUGAGCUGGUUAGCUGCCUAUUCAAAGCUUGAAUGGCGCUCACGUGGAUGCGUCUCUGAUGAGUGGGUAUCUGUCAAAUCUCUUUUGUCUCAGCCGCUACUUAGACAGACUCUUUCAUAUGCAACACCCCAAACUAAAGCCGAUGUGUGAGUUGACUCCUCUUUAGGUGCUUGUGACCAAAUAAAUCCCACGUCACGC